AUGGGACCAGCCUCCGACGACAAACCCAAGGCGGAGACGGCCGCUCGGGUUCUUCACUGCCACGGCGAGGACUCCACAAGCCAACUCCUCCAGCGGUUCUGGGAGCUGGACGAGAUUCGAGAACGGGCUCCAAUGUCACAAGAAGAGGAAAAGUGUGAGCGUCACUUCCUUGACACCCAUGCUCGAGAUCCAUCGGGACGCUACGUGGUGCGCCUUCCCUUCGUAAAGGACCCGCGGACUGCGCUGAAGUCCAACAGGACGACGGCGUUGAAACUCCUCUUCAAUUGUGAACGACGCCUAUCCUCGGAUGCUACGCUGAAAGAGCAGUAUCGAAAUUUUAUGAUGGAGUACCUGACUUUACAGCACAUGCAGGGUGCACCCGAAGAAGCGGAUAAAGGGCCUGCGUAUUACCUGCCACACCACGCCGUACGCAAGCGUCACGAUCCUUCUGCCAAGUUACGGGUCGUUUUUAAUGCUUCUUUUUGUACAGCCACGGGCCAAUCGCUAAACGACUGCCUCGCCACUGGUCAGAAGCUCCAGGCUGACCUAUGGAUGGUAUUGACCCGCUGGCGACUUUUUCGGGUCGUAUUCACCACGGACAUUGCCAAGAUGUUCAGACAGAUCCGAGUCCAUUCAGAGGAUACUAAGUGGCAAAGCAUCCUUUGGCGCGCCACUCCCGACGAACGAGUGCAGGACUUUCGGCUUACAACGGUGACGUAUGGCACGGCGUGUGCGCCUUUCCUAGCUUUACGGGUACUUGCCCAGCUGGCGAACGACGAAAGCAGCCGAUUUCCCCGAGGAGCUUCGGUGGUGCGUCGACACACUUAUGUCGAUGAUAUUCUCACCGGGGCGGAUGAUGUCAGCGAGACCCUGGCUUUGAAAAGAGAAGUGGUGGCAAUUUUCAAAGCUGGCGGUUUCGAACUAAGCAAAUGGGCAUCUAACAUACCGGAAAUUCAAGAAGCCGACUCUUCUAAUACGCGCCUGUUUCAGGAAUGGUCCGGCAUCAGCACACUAGGCGUGAACUGGAAUCCUAGGGAUGAUGCCUUCUCCCUGCGAGUCGCAGCCGCUGAGCUGGUGAGAGAAUGCACCACCAAGAGGUCUAUCCUUUCGGAAAUCGCAGGCCUCUUCGACCCACUGGGCUGGGCGGCGCCGGUCCUAGUCGUGGCCAAGAUUUUAAUGCAGGACCUCUGGAUCCUUGGAGCGGACUGGGAUCAGCAAUUGCCAGAGAACGUCUGCACUAUGUGGCAGCGCUUCAGAGGCUCCUUGCAGCAAUUGGAUACCCUGAAGAUCCCACGCUGGACAUUUGCCUCAUCAGAGCCGUCCACCCAGAUGGAACUUCACGGUUUUUGUGACGCCUCGCAGCGAGCUUAUGCGGCAGCGGUGUACCUGCGGGUCAAUAACAAUGGGUCGGUAACGACCUCGCUUUUGGUCGCAAAAACUAAGGUGGCCCCGGUAAAGACUAUAACAAUUCCGAAGUUGGAACUGUGUGGAGCCACCUUGUUAUCUAAAUUAUUGAUUCGGGUCAAAGAAGGCAUUAAUAUGUCUGGCCCGACCAUCGCGUGGACGGAUUCAAGUGUAACCUUACACUGGAUCCGCGGCCAUGCAUCUCAAUGGAAACCCUUCGUUGCCCAUCGAGUCUCCGAUAUCCAGCACGAGAUACCGGCGGACAAUUGGCGGCACAUCCGCUCUCCGGACAAUCCAGCGGACUUGGCAACCCGAGGAAUGAGCCCAGCCGAGCUCGUCGACUCCGAUAUCUGGUGGCACGGGCCGAAAUGGUUGACGGAACAGCCUGAAUUCUGGCCGGCGACCUUUCCGGAGUCCAACGAGGGAAUAGAGGCAGAGAGAAGAGGAGCCACGGUACACGUCGUCAAGGAGAAAUUCGGAGAAAACUUCCUGUGCCGCUUCUCCUCCCUCUCGCACCUUUUAUCUGUUAUUGCCCAGUGUUUCAGGUUUGCCAGUCUAAGCCGAGGGCAGCCUUGCGAGAAGGGUUUUGUUAAAGCAGCGGAGCGCACCCACGCCUUCCUAGCAGUUCUGAGAUUCUCUCAACACACCAGUUUCCUGGAGGAGAUUGAACAACUGCAACGGCACGGCGAGCUACGCAAAGCUUCACCCCUUUCUCCGUGUCGACCUUUCUUAGACGACCAGGGCUUGCUAAGGCUCGGAGGGCGCUUAGAAAACGCGGCUCUGCCGUACAAUGAGAAACAUCCUUACCUUGUGUCGAAGAGAUGUCCGUUGGCCAGGCUUCUGAUACGGGACGCACAUUACCGCACGCUCCAUGGAGGUCCACAGCUUACUCGCAGCCAUCUCAUGAGAAGAGUCUGGAUCGUCCGAGGCCGCUCACUGGUUCGAUCCGAAAUCGCCGCCUGCGUCACGUGCGCCCGGUUCAGCGGACGUAGAGCUGGACAACUGAUGGGACAACUUCCACAGGAGCGCACUGCAGCACAGAGGGCCUUUUUAACCACCGGCGUGGAUUAUGCGGGCCCGAUUAAGCUACGUACCUCGCCCGGGCGUGGCCACAAAGCCUACAAAGGCUACAUCGCCCUCUUCGUGUGCCUGUCUACCAGGGCAAUACAUUUGGAAGCGGUGUCAGAUCUAACCUCAGCUUCCUUUCUUGCAGCCUUCCGUCGCUUUGUGGGCAGGCGAGGACAUUGCGCCACUCUGUUUAGCGACAAUGGAACGGUAUUCCAGGGAGCAGACAGAGAGCUCCGCACUAUGUUCCGCCAGUCUACUUUAUUCUACCAGGAGGCAGCCGCAUCCCUGGCAUUAGACGGCACCAGCUGGCAGUUCAUUCCCCCUUAUGCGCCGCAUUUUGGUGGCCUGUGGGAGGCAGGGGUAAAAUCCGUAAAGCACCAUCUACGGAGAGUGAUCGGUGAUUCCACACUUACCUUCGAGGAACUGACGACUCUCCUCUGUCAAAUAGAGGCGUGCCUAAACUCGAGGCCACUGUACGCACUAUCAGAGGACCCUUCGGAGCUGGCCGCCUUGACACCGGGUCACUUCUUGAUAGGGGAACCAACCACCGUCCCCCCAGAGCCAGAAGAACCAUGCACUGCACUUCACACACGCUGGCGGUUAAUCUCACAAAUGCGAGCACAAUUCUGGAAAAGAUGGAGACGCGAAUACUUACAGCAUCUCCAACAGUUUCCGAAGUGGCGUCGUUACCGGGAGAAUUUGGAAAUCGGCAGCCUGGCGCUUAUCCGGGACGACUUACAGCCACCAGCAAAGUGGUAG